GUGAUGUGCAUUGCAAAUGGCCGCUCUUGUUAUUGUUCCGUAGUCCUGUAGCGUUUCGCGAUUUAACACGAUAAUAAAACCCCUGAGUUACGGAAUCCCGUAGUCGCCCCUAAAGUUAUAUUGUGCGAUCGCUUAUACAUUACGGACAGUGUUUGUGCGUCAACCGAUCUUUUAAAAGCGAAUGUUAACUUGAACAGAGCGGCGUUUUAUCCGUGUGCGCGCGAGUGUUAGUGUGUACGCUAAUAGUAUCGGAUGUUGCCCAUCCAUUGGAUUACACGAUCAAAACUAUGUACGUAAUAAUAAAUCGGAUUUGACUGGUGAAAACAUCAUAUGAAGGUUAAACUAAUAUUCUACAAACCUACUUCAUAAGAGCAUGGAAGGUCUGAUUAUGUGAAAUGGCCGCAAACAGCGAUGGUACUACCCAGCUGGUUAAAACCGUUGUCACAUGUGAAGGGGAUCUGAACGAUCCUGAAUUUAAUUUAAGGUUUAAUACAAUUGUUAAAGAUCUGAACAAAUUGUUGUUUCAAGGUUCCGCUGAAGACAAGGAGAUUUAUGUAAACAAACUUGAGCCAUGGAAUUCUGUAAAGGUCACCAUUACGGUGCCACGAGAAGCUGCUGUAAAGCUUCAACAGCUGGCACAACAAGGAGAUUCCAACCUUUCCAGAUUAGGAAUUUUGUCUGUUCAAGUCGAAGGGGAUCAAAUAAUUUCCUUGCGGCUUGGAAACAACCGAUUUGGGGGGGAGAGUCAAGAAGUGGUGUUACGAACAGCACCGGGCCCUUCAAAUGCCAAUCAACAGAUUUCUUCAGACGAAAGUACUGCUGUGAAUUCAUUGAUCAAGGCAAUGGCAUCUGCAACUUCUCCUGCAUUACAAACAUCUUCGCAACUAUCAUCCUCCCAGUUCAAAAGUCCAAAUGUAGUGGCAGUCGAUUCCACUCCAUUGCCUCCUAUUCCCCCUACGCCUUCUAUGGCAGAACCAUCCCCAAGACCCCACAUAUGGCCAUUUGUAAGCAUGAACCAAGCUGCUCAGACCAUACACAACCGAGAGUCAAUGCAUACUGCACCACCACCCCCUCCACCAUAUCCAGGAUCUCAAAAUGGAGUGUAUAAAACCCAAAGACCAGGAGAUGCUAAUGCAUCUGUACACUCAAGUCCAUUAUUGGUUAAUUUAUUACAAAAUGAAGGUUCAGGUAAAAUGCCACCACCAAUGGACAAACAUAAGAAGUCUAUAAUAUCUUCUUCCAAUGUGGUUAAAACUCAAGAUAGCUUUUCAGGCCCCGAGUUCACCCAAUCUGCAUUUGCCAACGUAGCCUCAGAUUUACAAGUAGUUCAAAGGUUACAAAAACUGCCUGAUACAGUUACCAACAGUGCUCAGAAUCGAAUAGAUUCAAUUGGAUCUCCUAAUGGACCAACUGGACCAAGGUUGGUUAAACACAAUGUGCCUUCCCAAGAGCUUUCACAAACCUCAAAGAUAGUCAGCACGCCAAAUGUACAAACUUCUUUUGCUGUUAGGCAAACAUUUAUAUCAGGUUCAUCUAUGGCCCAAAACCGUCUUCAAACUGUACCCCAAAAUAUCACUAUCACUACAAAUCAGUUAAAACUUAAUCAAGGUUAUGUUAAUCAAAUAAGGCAAGGAUCUGGUCCUUUAAUGGCUAAACCAAAUAUACCCCAACAACAAUUUAAUCAGUCUCAAAUAAGAUUACAAACCCAAUAUAGUCCAGCUGCCUUACAAAAACCGCUACAAUCAAAUAAUCUAAUACAGCAAAGAACUGAAUUGAUGUCUACACAAACAACAAAUGUUAGUUGUUAUGAUACUACUUCAGUUUUGCCUAAAAAUCAAUCAGUAACAAACCAAAAUCUCUCUCAGACUUCCAACAACUCAUUCCAUUCUAUGCCUAAUAAUAAUCAAUCCAUAAGUAUUGGACAGUCAACUAAUUCUCUUAAUGAAACACCUCAGCAAAACUCAAAUAACCAUAUACAGGGUACUAAUCAUGGACAGUCAGUAACUGUAAAUAAAAAACCUGAUCCACCAUCAAAUGAAAAUCAAUUAAUGCAAAGGUUGACAUCUAAUUCUCAACCAACUGAUAAUACUUCACAAGAAUUUCAAAGAAGUGUGGUAACUAGUCAACCAGCCAAAUCCCCAUCCUUAACCUCUUCUGGUAAACAAAGACAAUUUCUUAUUAAUCCAUUAACUGGAGAUAUGGAACCAAUGUCAAGUGAUAGCAGUUCAGAGAGUGAUACAGAAGAUAAAAUAAAAAAUAUCCCAGUGUCUGAUGAUAAUUUUUAUAAUUUUUCUUCUCCUGUUACAAAUGAUCGAUCAAAUUCAGUAUUUUCUGAAGAUGAAGAUACCGGAUCUCCAACUUCUCGACGGAAUGAUACUACUACUGAUCAGUCAGAUUCAGAAGCAACAGUUAGAUCUACUAAUAGUGAAGCAUCUUCUCGACAUCGUUCUAGCCCGUUACCUACUCCCGGAGAAAAAAUUAAACUUAGAUUAAAAUUGACUGAAAAAAAGGAACCAUAUAAAGUAGAUGUAUCAUUUGGAAAUUCAUCUUUGUGCAAAUUAGAUAAGAGGCCAUUUGGAACUCCUUCAGCAUCAAUACCAGGUUCAUCGUCAGCUGAAGAAUUAAGAGUACCUCCUCUUCAUAUUUCUCUAAGAGGUAGAAAUGCUGCAGUUGUUGUUGGAUCACGUAAAGAAAAGAAAUGGAAAGACUCUGAUGAUGAAAGUAAAAAACCUACAGGGUGUAAAGUAAAAACUAGCAUUAAUCAUUUGAAGACUAAAAAUUCAAAUCAAGAUCUGUUAAAAAUGUGUUCAAAACAAAUGAAAGUAGAAAAUAUUGAAGAAGACGAGACUCGAGUUAAACUAAAAAGGCUUGAUGAAGUUGAGGAACCUUCGACACCUUCAGUUGAUUCUAAUGAACCUGCAAACAGUUAUAACCCUAUUCUUCCUCCUGGUAGAAUAUAUCCUACUGAAGCAGAAGUUGCUUCGAUAUUACGUUCUAUGCCUAGUGAUAAACACAAUAAAAUGAGUUUAAGUUUUAACAAAGUAAAAAAAAGAGAAUCCAAAAAAAAAUGCCUGCCUCGUGAAAGAGCUGGAUCUAUUGAUGGACCAAAUUUACAUAGAAUUAUAGAACGACCUCAUUCAAAAGCAAAAAUAAAUAAAAGUAGUGCUGUGUCACUUUUUAAAAAUGUAGUUAAAUCAUCAGCAGUUAAAGAAGCCAGAAUGAUUGCUGCUGCUACUUAUGGUAAUAGAAAUAAUUUUCAUGAAAAACAACGGGCUUUGAACAAUGUAAAUGAUGCUGCUACACAGCCAAGUGGAUCACAAUUAACUAAUAAUCAAAGACGGGCAAGUGUUGACAUACCUUACACAGGUGCACAUACUUUGAAUACUUCAAUGGUAAAACUCAACAGGCCAUUGGGAGGUCAGUCCCCUGAUGCAUAUCUAACAAAUCAUUUUUCCAAUCAUCUUUUAACUGGUCAAAAAACUCAAGGAACGAAUAUUUUUCAUAAAGAUAUGAAUAAAAAAUCUUUAACAGUUAUUAGUCGAAAAGUGACGAAUUCUAAAAGUAAAGACAGUAGAAAUUCGAAAUUAGAAAGUGGUGUAAAAAGAAAAGAAUUUCAAUUAACUACAAAAAGAAGUGAAAAUUUUGUUCAAACUUCAAAUUGUGUUACUGUUGGAUGUGUUCAAGUAGAAAAAAGAGAUGAACAUUUAUCGUUACCUAUUACAGAUAUUGAUGUAUCUGAAAAAAAUGUUAAAAAACGAUUACUUGAAGAUUCUUUGCCACAAGUACGAAACACAGUAAGAAUUGAUGCACCUGUAAUUGAAGAUGUAAAAUGUGAUAGAAUUCAACCAGAAACUAAAAAUUUGAAUGGUGGAGAUAGUCCAGCAGGUCAUGGUAAUACACAAGGAGAAGAUUCAGGUAUUGAAUCAAUGGAUGCACUGUCUGAAAAAAGUCCUAAUCAAAGUGAAAGUCCCUGUCGAAAAGAUGAUCAAUCAAUUAGUCAGAAACCAACUAUAGCACUAAAACAAGAUGAAACAAAACUUCAACUGAUAUCAGUAGAACAACCAACAACUGCUAAUUCACCUGACCUGGAUGAUAUCCAGCCAUUUCGUGUGACUCCUGCAUUGUAUACUUAUUCUAAUCCAGAAAAAAUUCGUGAUGAUUCACCACCGGUUUCACCAAAAUUAGAUAUUGAUGAUAUUCUUGAUUCAACUGAAUCACACAUUGAAGGAUCAAAAACUGAUGAUAUAAAUUUACUUAAAUUAAAGAAACGAAAACGACUGGAUUCUGAAGACAGUAAGACUGACAAUGAAGCACCUGUGAUGAAAAAACCUAAUAUUGAAAAUGAAAUAAUAGGAAAAACUGAUAUGACAACUAUGAAUGACAUUCAAGACAAUAAGUCAUUGCUUGAACAACUUUUAAUAGAUAUACCUACUGAUUCUGAUGCUGCUAAAAAGUCAUCAGUGGUCUCUACUAGGAGCACACGUUCUCAUAGAACAAAUGCACGAGUAUCUGUACCAGUCACUUCAGGCCAACAAUCUCAGCCUAGUUUACCAUCACCCACCCGUCGUUCUAAUCGCAACACUCAUCCACCUAAUAGAACGUGUGCUGGCAAGUCAUGUGAUAGAUCUGCACCUAGUAAAACUAUAGAAAAAAAAGAAAAGGCACCCAUAUCAACACCAAUUAAACUUGAUAAAACACCUCUUAAAUCCAAUACUGUAGCUGCUACGAUAAAUACUAGGGCUGCUAGUGCUUCUAAGCAAAUAGUGUCUUCAACCUCACCACUAUUAGAUACUGUUCACUCUGAAGGAGAAAAACAGACUACUAGAAGAAAAACUCGUAGUGCUUUGCCAAAUACAGAUACAGAAAAUGCAGCACGUCGCCGGCGAGCAUCGCGUGAUGGCAAAUGACAUACACAACCGGUGCCGACGCCGACGACACAUACUACUGCGUCAUCUCCGGCAAUCGCCGUCGGACCCGGGUAAUCUAAUCAAUACUUUAAAAUAAUUUUAUUAUUCAUCAUUUUUACCACUUGUUAGUUAUUCUUAAUGUAUUUUGAAAGUUAAAGCUUACACAUAUACAUUAAAACCAAUUUAUUAUUAUUUUUUUUUUUCAAAUAGAAAAAAAUGUAAUUCUUUAGGAGUAUUAAAUUGCUUGUCAUUUAAACUCCUUUAGUUAUAAUUUAUUUUUUUUAUUAUUUAAAUUUGAUUUCCCUUUUUUUAUUAUAAAAUAUUUUGUAAUAAAUAAUUGUUAUUUUGUCAAUGCUGUCUAAAUACCUUCUUUUUUUUUUUAACAAACUGUUGGUUGUUGCCUUAUGUAUAUUUUUUAUUAGAGUUCAAAAUUAGUAAUGACAUAAUUAUUGAUUUAAUUUAAUUAACUAUAUUAUGCUUGAAUAUUUUAUCUUUUUUCUACAUCAAUGUUUCUUGUUAUGUAAAUAUAAGUGUAAAAUAAUGUUGGACAUUUGUUGCGUUUUCAAAAAUUAUAAAAAAUUUAUUUAAAAAAAAAAAAUAUUAUAUUAUAUAUUAUAAUAAUAAUAAUAAUUUGUAAAUUUUUUUUAUUUACACUCAAUUUUUGUAAAAUGUGUCAUAGGUGUCUUGUGCAUUUUGUUGUCCCUUGAACAUUUUAUGUAAAUAAUUUCACAUAAACCUAAGUUAAACAUUCUUGUAAAAUUUAAGAACUCCUUGUUACUCGUGUUUUUUUUUU